CGGAACAAGUAGCCAGGGUAUCGCCCUGUUAUCAGAAGAUACAUGUCGUUUGUACACUGACACUCCGAACGCAGAAACGAUACAAAAAUGUUUAAAGCAGUUGGAGAUUUUACAUUUAACAGUGAGAAGGCUAGUUAAUUCUAACACCUCGUAGUAAGAAAUUUAUUUAAACAAAUCGCUUAGUUAUUUUAAUUGAUCAAUGUGUAUCUGAUCGCGGCAAUAGGUAAAAUUAAAAUUUAUUGAUAUGGAUAUGUUUGCAUCCAUAUUUGCGGCAAAUUAUGCCUUUUAUAGUAACAUGCAGGGUAGAAGACCAGUUUUCUACGCUCCAGUUGUUUGUCAUCCGUCUCAAGCCCGACAAUACCUAUCUGCACCAAAUUCAUCAAAUUUUCGAGGAACAGCUAAUUCGACACCCAUGAACUAUUCCAGACUCCUAGAACAAAGAACUGAUUGUAAUGAAAAUACAACAAAACAAAAAACCAACGAAGGUGUAAAGUUUUCUAUUGAUAGAAUUUUAAAUGACGAAAGACAAGACGUGCCAGAAAGUGACGAAGAUGAUAUUGUUGAAGGUCCAAGAGAUGAAACAUCUCACAUAACAGACUCACAAUCAUCAGACUCAAGUAAACAGUUUCCAUGGCUACAAUGUACUAGAUAUAAACCUCCAAAAUUACCAAGGAUUCAGAAAAAGGAAGUAACAAAAAAGAGAAAGCUUGGAAGAAACCCACGUGUCCCUUUUACACAGCACCAAGUUGCUGCACUCGAACAGAAAUUUCGCCAAACACACUAUUUGAGCAGUAUGGACGUUGCUGAACUUUCUACUGCUCUCACUCUUACAGAAACAAGGGUGAAAAUAUGGUUCCAGAACAGGCGCGCGAGGGAACGGCGUGAUCGUGAGGCCAACCAAAGAGGAGGACUCCUCCCUGCGAAAACAUCGUCUACUGGGGUAGAUGUAACGUCAUCGCCUUGGUCUUUCCCAAUGUACCCAUCCCAUCCCGCCCUCACUCAGUAUCGUGACGUCACGCAGACCAGCAUGUCUGCAUUUACUCCUGUUACCAGCUCCUCUACGUCAUGAGCUCCAUGUCGUUUAGAAUUUCAACUGUAAGAUAUGUAAUUCAUAUGACAGCUCGCUACCGGGAUAAUACUUUACAUGACAAUCUGAUUUUAAUUUAGGUGUUAUGUUUGACUGAUAAGAACUGUGAACUGUGACAUAUAUAGACAUUAAAUGGUGGGAGUUGUGCGACAUGGCUUCGUUAUCGUUGAGGUUCUGCUGUUGAGAUAAAAACGACUUAAAAGAAGCUGAUCACGAGUUCAACAAGGGUACUCCAUGGAAAACACUGGUGAUCGAAAGAAUGUGAUUCUUGUUAUUAAUACAUAUUGGAUUAUUAUUCAGUUAAUCGGAAGAGACUUGCCCACAUUGGUGACUUUUUCAGAAAUUCGCUUUCCGUUUUCUGUCUUAAUGCUUGUUUGUGUAUGAACGUUCAAGAUUUGUACGAUGAUUACAUACAGAUGCUGCCAUUAUUUCAGGGUACAUAUAACGACUUUAUUUGACAGUCUUUAAUUGCAUUGAUAUAUGUAUCGCUUUUGUUGAAAUGAAGUGUGUCCCUUUUGGAAAAUGAAACUAAUGAUACGCAAUCUGGUGAAACUCAACGUGUUUUGAAUAACCACUCUUCCACAUGGGUAUCUGAGGAAGUAAGAUAAGUACAGUGAACAACACUUAAUGAACAUUAUCAACAAUACAGCAUUACCGCAGUCGUCAUUUUAGACAAAUGCUUUUCUAUUGUGGAGUGUACAUUGUCUAUAUUUACAUAAACAUUGGCGAAUGUAAAGUAUACUUGUUCGAGUGUUCAGAGUUCCCAUUUUAUCUAAUUAAAAAAACUAUAUGUGUAUUUUCCCAAUCUAGUAAAUGAAUGAAGUCGA